AAAUCCAAUGACCUCAUCAGGAAUCGAACCCACGACCUUCGAACUUGUAGAAUAGUGCCUCAACCACCUAUGCUGCCGCGUGGAUAACUUCCAAUAUUCUGUGCAAAAUAUCGGAAGCACUUUGGAAUUGACUGGUUCCAUUAUAAAGUAUUAUAAAUAUUCAGUGAAAACAUAAAUAAAUCACUGAAAUAAUCCCAUUAAGUCUCUGGAGGUAUAUCAUAUAAAUUGUACAGUUUUAUUAUGCAAGUAAUAAUUAUAGUCUAGACUUUCUAUUUUUGCUUCACUUGAUUCGACAUAUUCUGAAUCUAAACUACUGUAUUAAAUUAGAUGCACCAUUUUUACUACACUGGAUCAAUAAUCUCCUUGUGGGGUUAAAUUUCUUUUCAAAGUACAUGUUGCCAUGGUAACAGUAAAACUCCCACAAUAAACACUCUUAUAUACACAGAAGCAACUGGAACAUAUCUCAUUACCUGAUAUGGAUGAGGAAUAUAAUAAUUUUCUACAGAAGGUUGAAGAAGUUACUUCCAUUUUGAAUAGCAUGAAGUCCAAUGAUCCUACUGUGGUUGCAAAUGCUACACAGAGAGCUGACUUGUUUCUUCAGAACACAGAAAGAAAGGUCACAUUUAAUGCUGAUGGACUUCGAGUCAAAACAAACAAAACAAUUAUAAACAAGAAAGCCUUUGAAAGUAAUCCAAGGCAAAACGAUGCAAUGUCAUCUGAAGCAUUCAUGGCUUACGUAGAGAAAGAUGCAGCAGCAAGAGCAGCUGAAAAAAAAGAAAGAAAGGCAACUGCUGAUGGCUACAUGAAAAAGGCCAAUGAAGCCUUCAGAGCUAGAGAUUAUGAAAGGGCACUGGACCUCUACAAUAAGGCAACUGAACAAGUCAAGGACUGCUGCCUACUUUAUACAAACCGAGCUUUGACUUACCUCAACUUGAAUCUUUACUCGCGUGCUAUUUCUGAUUGUGAAUGGGCACAUAAAUUAAAUGAAAACAAUUUAAAAGCCUGGCUGUACAAAGCUCGAGCUUAUCAUGAAAUGGGAGAUGAAAAGAAAACUGCUGAUUGUCUCAAAGAAGCAGAGUCACGGAAUCCUGACAGCAAAGCACAGAUUGAAGCAUAUAUAUGCCUUUGGAAGACUGAGUAACGGAACAAGUAUACAUCAAAUCAUUAAACUACAAAUUAAACAAAAU